AUGGAAUACACGCACAUGCAGCAGUGCUGCCAGAAAUGGACAUUUGGAAAGCCUGAAGUACGCCCACGAAAAUGGCUGUCCAUGGGGGCCGCGGAAAAUGGCCAUUUGGGAUGCCUCAAGUACGCCCAUGAAAACGGCUGUCCAUGGGCUCUACUCACAUGCAUUGGUGCUGCUGAAAAUGGCCAUUUGGAAUGCCUCAAAUAUGCCCAUGAAAACGGUUGUGCAUGGCAUGAUUACACAUGCUAUGGUGCUGCUAGAAAGGGUCAUUUGGGAUGCCUCAAGUACGCCCAUGAAAAUGGGUGUCCAUGGGAUCGAAUCACAUGCCUUGCUGCUGCUGAAAAUGAUCAUCUGGAAUGCCUCAAAUAUGCCCACGAAAAUGGCUGUCAUUGGGAUGAAGAAACAUGUACCAAUGCUGCGAAGAAGGGACAUUUGGAAUGCCUCAAAUAUGCUCACAAAAAUGGUUGUCCUUGGGAAACUUUGACAUGCAGUGAAGCUGCUAGAAAUGGACAUUUGGAAAUCCUAAAAUAUGCGCAUGAAAAUGGAUGUCCAUGGGAUGAAAUCACAUGUACCAAUGCGGAAAGAGGAGGCCAUCUAGUAGAAAUUAUGAAGUAUCUUCACGAGAAUGGCUGCCCUGGUUCCGAACAUUUCCCUGUGACUUGGUGA